CGCCGCCGCCCGCCAGCGCUCGCCCCGCCCGCCGCCCCCGGCCUCGCCCGCGGGCCCGCGCCGCCCGCCGGGCCUCCGACGCCCAGAAACACGCCGGAGACCUACUGAUCGUGGCCGAUCCGCGGAGGCAGAAAGGGAAGAUGGCGAACGACUCCCCUGCCAAAAGUCUGGUGGACAUCGACCUGUCCUCCCUGCGGGAUCCGGCGGGGAUUUUCGAGCUGGUGGAAGUGGUGGGAAAUGGCACCUACGGACAAGUCUAUAAGGGUCGACAUGUUAAAACAGGUCAGCUGGCAGCCAUCAAAGUUAUGGAUGUUACCGAGGAUGAAGAGGAGGAAAUCAAACUGGAGAUAAAUAUGCUGAAGAAAUAUUCUCAUCAUAGAAAUAUUGCAACGUAUUACGGUGCUUUCAUUAAAAAGAGCCCCCCAGGACACGAUGACCAGCUUUGGCUCGUUAUGGAGUUCUGUGGGGCCGGAUCCAUCACAGACCUCGUGAAGAACACCAAGGGCAACACGCUGAAGGAAGACUGGAUAGCCUACAUCUCCAGGGAGAUCCUGCGGGGCCUGGCCCAUCUCCACAUCCAUCAUGUGAUCCACCGUGACAUCAAGGGCCAGAACGUGCUGCUGACCGAGAACGCAGAGGUGAAGCUAGUGGACUUCGGGGUGAGCGCCCAGCUGGACAGGACCGUGGGGAGGAGGAACACGUUCAUAGGCACCCCCUACUGGAUGGCCCCCGAGGUCAUCGCCUGUGACGAGAACCCGGACGCCACCUACGAUUACAGGAGUGACCUCUGGUCCUGCGGCAUCACUGCCAUUGAGAUGGCUGAAGGCGCUCCCCCUCUCUGUGACAUGCAUCCCAUGAGAGCCCUGUUUCUCAUCCCCCGAAAUCCUCCUCCCCGGCUGAAGUCCAAAAAAUGGUCCAAGAAGUUUUUUAGUUUUAUAGAAGGAUGCCUGGUGAAGAAUUACAUGCAGCGGCCCUCCACCGAGCAGCUUCUGAAGCAUCCUUUCAUUAGGGAUCAGCCGAACGAAAGGCAGGUUAGAAUCCAGCUUAAGGAUCAUAUAGACCGGACCAGGAAGAAGAGAGGAGAGAAAGAUGAGACCGAAUACGAGUACAGCGGGAGUGAGGAGGAGGAGGAGGAGGCGCCCGAGCAGGAGGGGGAGCCCAGCUCCAUCGUCAAUGUGCCGGGGGAGUCGACGCUGCGCCGGGACUUCCUGCGGCUCCAGCAGGAGAACAAGGAGCGCUCCGAGGCCCUGAGGCGGCAGCAGCUCCUGCAGGAGCAGCAGCUCCGGGAGCAGGAGGAGUAUAAGCGGCAGCUGCUGGCGGAGAGGCAGAAGCGCAUCGAGCAGCAGAAGGAGCAGAGGCGGCGGCUGGAAGAGCAACAAAGGCGAGAGCGGGAAGCCAGAAGGCAGCAGGAACGUGAGCAGCGGAGGCGGGAACAGGAGGAGAAGAGGCGGCUGGAGGAGCUGGAGAGACGGCGGAAGGAAGAGGAGGAGCGGAGGCGGGCGGAGGAGGAGAAGAGGAGAGUGGAGAGGGAGCAGGAGUACAUCCGACGGCAGCUGGAAGAGGAGCAGCGUCACCUGGAACUGCUUCAGCAGCAGCUGCUCCAGGAGCAGGCCAUGCUACUGGAGUGCCGCUGGCGGGAGCUGGAGGAGCACCGGCAGGCGGAGCGGCUCCAGAGGCAGCUGCAGCAAGAACAAGCCUAUCUCCUGUCUCUACAGCACGACCCCCGGAGGCCGCCCCCGCCGCCAGACAGGAGCAAGGCCGGCCUGCACGAGCCCAAGGCCCAGCACGAGCCCGCUGACCGGGCCCGCGAGGUGGAAGAUAGAUUUAGGAAAACUAACCACAGCUCCCCCGAAGCCCAGUCUAAGCAGACGGGCCGAGUAUUGGAACCUCCAGUGCCUUCCAGAUCAGAGUCUUUUUCCAGUGGCGACUCCGAGUCUGUGCACCCUGCCCUGCAGAGACCCGCCGAGCCACAGGUACAGUGGUCCCACCUGGCAUCUCUCAAGAACAAUGUUUCCCCUGUCUCGAGAUCCCAUUCCUUCAGUGACCCUUCUCCUCCCAAAUUUGCACACCACCAUCUUCGCUCUCAGGACCCCUGCCCACCUUCCCGCAGUGAGGUGCUCAGUCAGAGUUCUGACUCUAAGGCGGAGGUGCCCGACCCAGCCCAGAAGGCUUGGUCUAGAUCAGACAGUGACGAGGUGCCUCCAAGGGUCCCUGUGAGAACAACGUCACGGUCCCCCGUCCUGUCCCGCCGGGAUUCCCCCCUGCAGGGCAGUGGGCAGCAGAAUAACCAAGCUGGUCAGAGAAACUCCACCAGUAGCAUCGAGCCGAGGCUGCUCUGGGAGAGAGUGGAGAAGCUGGCGCCCAGGCCAGGCAGUGGCAGCUCCUCGGGGUCCAGCAACUCAGGGUCCCAGCCCGGCUCCCACCCGGGGUCUCAGAGUGGCUCCGGGGAGCGCUUCAGAGUGAGAUCAUCAUCCAAAUCUGAAGGCUCGCCAUCUCAGCGCCUUGAAAAUGCAGCAAAAAAGCCUGAAGAUAAAAAGGAAGUGUUUAGACCUCUCAAGCCUGCUGGUGAAGUGGACCUGACGUUGCUGGCCAAAGAGCUCCGAGCCGUGGAGGACGUGCGGCCGCCACACAAGGUGACGGACUACUCCUCCUCCAGCGAGGAGUCGGGGACGACAGAUGAGGAGGACGACGACGUGGAGCAGGAAGGGGCCGAGGAGCCCACGUCUGGCCCGGAGGACACCAGAGCCGCAUCAUCUUUGAACUUGAGCAACGGUGAAACAGAGUCCGUGAAAACCAUGGUUGUCCAUGACGACGUGGAGAGUGAACCAGCCCUGACCCCGUCCAAAGAGGGCACGCUGAUCGUCCGCCAGAGUGCAGUUGACCAAAAGCGCGCCAGCCAUCAUGAGAGCAAUGGCUUUGCGGGUCGCAUUCACCUCUUGCCAGAUCUCUUACAGCAAAGCCAUUCCUCCUCCACUUCCUCCACCUCCUCUUCCCCAUCCUCCAGCCAGCCGACACCCACCAUGUCCCCACAGACACCCCAGGACAAGCUCACUACUAAUGAGACUCAGUCCGCUAGUAACACACUCCAGAAACACAAAUCCUCCUCCUCCUUUACACCUUUUAUAGACCCCAGAUUACUACAGAUUUCUCCAUCUAGCGGGACAACAGUGACUUCUGUGGUGGGGUUUUCCUGUGAUGGGAUGAGACCCGAGGCCAUGAGGCAAGACCCUACGCGGAAGGGCUCAGUGGUCAAUGUCAAUCCCACCAACACUCGGCCCCAGAGCGACACCCCGGAGAUCCGCAAGUACAAGAAGAGGUUUAACUCCGAGAUCCUGUGUGCUGCCUUGUGGGGAGUGAACUUGUUGGUGGGUACCGAGAGUGGCCUGAUGCUGCUGGACAGAAGUGGCCAAGGGAAGGUGUAUCCUCUGAUCAACAGAAGGCGAUUUCAGCAGAUGGACGUCCUGGAAGGCUUGAACGUCUUAGUGACGAUAUCUGGCAAAAAGGAUAAGUUACGUGUCUACUAUUUGUCCUGGUUAAGAAAUAAAAUACUUCACAACGACCCAGAGGUUGAGAAGAAGCAGGGUUGGACAACAGUCGGGGACCUGGAAGGCUGUGUGCAUUAUAAAGUUGUAAAAUACGAAAGGAUCAAAUUCCUGGUCAUUGCUCUGAAGAGCUCUGUGGAAGUCUACGCGUGGGCACCCAAGCCAUAUCACAAAUUCAUGGCCUUUAAGUCGUUUGGCGAGCUGGUGCACAAGCCAUUGCUGGUGGAUCUCACUGUUGAGGAAGGCCAGAGGCUGAAAGUGAUCUAUGGAUCCUGUGCUGGAUUCCAUGCCGUUGAUGUGGACUCAGGAUCGGUCUAUGACAUUUACCUACCAACACACGUAAGAAAGAACCCACACUCUAUGAUCCAGUGUAGCAUCAAACCCCACGCGAUCAUCAUCCUCCCCAACACGGACGGCAUGGAGCUCCUGGUAUGCUAUGAAGAUGAAGGGGUUUAUGUGAACACCUACGGGAGGAUCACCAAGGAUGUGGUUCUGCAGUGGGGCGAGAUGCCAACGUCUGUAGCAUAUAUUCGAUCCAAUCAGACGAUGGGCUGGGGAGAAAAGGCCAUAGAGAUCCGAUCUGUGGAAACUGGCCACUUGGAUGGCGUGUUUAUGCACAAAAGGGCUCAAAGGCUGAAAUUCCUGUGUGAACGCAAUGACAAGGUAUUCUUUGCCUCGGUCCGGUCUGGGGGCAGCAGCCAGGUUUACUUCAUGACGCUCGGCAGGACCUCUCUUCUGAGCUGGUAGGAGCGGCGGGCUAGGCUGCCGGCCCCGGAGGUGUCGACCAUGAGAACCCGGAGAUCCUGGCAACUGGAGCGCGGAGCUGCCCGGGCCGCGUGGGCGGGGGUCUCCUCCCCGCCCCCACCCGCUCUUACCAGUUCAUCCCCAUUCUCUUCUUGUCCUGUUCGAAAUAAAUCGAGGCUGCAUCGCAGCUGGUGCUGUCGAGACUGCCAUCAGGUGCUAUCCGUGCUGGGAUGGAGCGGCGGGCAGAACGCAUGCGCAUUCCCUCCAGCUCCAGUGUUCGUGUCUGCGGCUCCAUCCUGGGGCGUCUGCGGGUGGAGACCGGACGCCGGCGGGGGGGUUGGCAGGUGUAAACGUGCGCUCGAGGAGCAGGUCGCUGAAGCCAAGAGCAGAUUUAAUAUAGUAACAUUAACAACGUAUUUAAUUGACAUUUCUUUUUUUUUUUUUUUUGUAAUGUGACCAUAUGUGGACAAAGAAGAAGGUGCAGGUUUAAGAAGUUAAUAUUUAUAAAAUGUGAAAGACACAGUUACUAGGAUAACUUUUUUGUGGGUGGGGCUUGGGAGGCGGGUGGGUGGGUUUAGGGACCCAUUUGGUUUCUUGGGUUGUUUUUUUUUUUUUUUUUGGCCAAGAACUCAGUCGUUUUUCUGUGUACCAAGUUUUGCCUAAAAUCACGUGCAGAUGAUUCUUUUAAAAAAAAAGGAAAAAGAAAGGGUGUGCAUUUGUAUCCUGCCCAGAACCUUGUUGUGUGACAGUAUUAGCGCUGCCUCGGUCAAAGGUUUAAUUUUUGUUUAAACCUGGAAGUGCAACAGCAGUUUCACCAUGAUCGGCACUUGCAGAGGGGAAGAAAAAAUCUUUUUCAACCACGUGUUUAUUUUUUCGCCUACCUCAUUGUUUUUAAUGCAUUAAGAGGUGGUUUAGUUUCUAUGUCUUUGGAGGAAAACAUUAAUGUUUAACCUUAAUACCAAAACGAUCCGAUUGAAGUUUGACUGUUAUUUCGUCAUGUCUCAGUAGGCACAAGAGAAAUUGUCCCCGAAGUUGGGAAACAGCCAUGAGGUUUGUCCGCUGAUGGGCACGUCUGCUUUCUGAGCUGAGAAAGCAGAUCACACCAUUUUCCACCAGAUUCAUCAGUGGUGGUGGUAGACGGACAGGCGGCCAUUGCCCACAGCACACGGGGCCUCGCUGUACUCAGCUCGGAGCUUGCAGACAGGUGGUCAUUUGGGGGACAACCCCACAAACUGUCGACAGUGUUGCCGGAACCUUUCCUUGGGGCCGGGGGUGUUUCCCUUUUUCUAAAAAUGCAAUGCACUAAAACUAUUUUAAGAAUGUAGUUAAUACUGCUCAUUCAUAAGAUAGCAUCUUCCUGCGUUUCGGGUGUGAUAUCAGAGCCCUGGCUUCUCGAGUGCUCUCCCUUGCUCUCUCUCUCUGCGCGCUCUCUCUGUUUUUUAAACCAGUUUUACUUUAUGAAUAUGUUCAUGACAUUUGUAAUAAAUGUCUUGGGUAAUAAUUGGUUUCAUGGCUUCUGGUCACUGGCUUCCUCUGAGGAUGUUGGUUAUAUUGAUUACUUGUUAAAGGGUGGCUGUCCUCUGGCAGAGUUCUGAUGGGAAUCUCACUCACCAAACAAAAGCUUGGUGUGGCCUAGGCUUAUUCCUCCUCUGUGGUGAAUUUGCUUUUAUGACAUCAAAGCAGAGGUUUUCCGCCCCAAGAAAUUAACAAUCACUUGCACCUGUUUGCUGAGUCUGCCCCCCACCCCCACCCCCAAAGCCGCAUCCCGUUUGGCAUCCACUUUGACCCAUUGUUCUCUUCCUCCUGGGUCAGCAUUUUUGCCAGAGGCUCCCGCUUUGAAUUUCAGAAAUGUAGUGAAGAGUACACACACUCACAAAUGCAGAAACAACAGCUGAGCACGUACACCCACCACAGCAGCAACUGCUGAGAAAGCCUGCCUCUGUGUUGGAAGGAUCCAGGCUGGGCAAACAGGCUUCCCAUGCGUGUUGACUUCAGCGUAGUGCUGGCGUCUAAGGCCGAAAGAACCAGUUCUGUUCUGGUCACUUGUGCUUAAAGGAGAGAAGAUCCGGGCGCUAAUCCCGUCCUUGGCAGGAGUUCUGAGACUGGCCAGACUAGUCACUGCGGGGCUGCAGUCCCUGCCGCACCACUGCUGGUGAUUCCCUUCUCGGGUUGGCUCUUGACCGGAGACGAAAUGUGCCCUAGCAAACACGUGCGUCAGGAUGAGAACGGACUGCAUAGUGGGGUCAGCUGUAGCCCCUCCCAUGACUUCAGCGAAAGGUCAAGUUGGGCAAGUGUCUUUCAAAAAAAUACUAAACUUCUGAUACCAACAUGAAAGAUACAAACAGGUUGAGGAUGAUGGGCUUCAAGCUCAGGUCAGCGUGGGCCUGUCCUACCUGGGCAGCAGCUGGUGGUGGUGGAGUUGAACGUGAUUGAAUCCGUCAACUGGGCUUGGCUGACCGAGGUCAACCAGCCACUGGUCCCCUGGUUGGGUGCCUCGGGUCGCCUUCCUUGUCUGGGGUGUCCCUCCCUCCUUGGCCUUCCCGCCGUGCAGACCAACUUAGGUUGCUACAGUUUCAAGCAGGCGCCGGGUUAGCUUUCUUCAUGGAAAAUGGCAGGCUCUCUCCAUUUCGUUCCUAACAGGGUAGUGACUUCACUCAAGUGCCAAGAUGGCAAAAUUAGCAGGAGAAUUUAGUAUUGUGCCGAUACCACUAAAUAUGGAACCUAGAAAACCAUGACAGCUCUUCCAAACAAAAUACCAGUAUGGCUCUAGGUUUAGUUGAAGCUUUAAUAAGUGAUACUUUUCUGUAUUUAAAACGGAGUCGCUAUAUCGAGUGCAGUUUUUUGGUUUUUUUUUUUUACUUUUUCUCAUGCACAUGUUGUGUUGAAGAAAAUGUUUACAAAAAAUAGUUUUGUUACACUAAUGGGCAUCACAUAUUUAUGGUCUAUUUUUAAGUGAUUUUUUAUGGGUUAUUUAGGCUUUCGUUUUAGUUGUAGUCCACUUAAAUGAUGGUUCAUAAUCCCUAAUUUUGCCAAUUAUAAAUUUGCUAAACGGUAAUGCAAAUGACAAGCUGCAUUAAGUUUACUAAUCAGAACUGCGAAGCAGACUGGUGGCAAGUACACACACAGCCUUCUUUUUUCAGUGCUAACUUGUCUUCUGUGUAUUAUGAAAAUGACUGUUGUCCCUCUUCUCCCCCUUUUUUUGUCCUUAAAUAAAGUAAAAGUGACACCUG